AUGCUUGUCGAAGCCGAAUUGCAGCAGGAAAGGAUGCAACGCCUCCGUGCUGAACAUAUGCUGAGUAAUGUGGAGAGGGAGUGCAGGGUUCCGUUUGUUGUCCCAGCGCUCUUCCAGGCCUUCCGCAGGAUAUCGGAGCUUGAGCGCAAUGUAUAA